GAAAAUACUAAAGAUAGUUAUGGAUAAUGCACGAAAUGAGUAAAGCUUUUACUAAUUUUGAAUAUUCAAAUUCUUUAUACUCUGUUGGCACAAAUAUAACUUCUACUAACAAUUCAAGCACAAAUCGAAAUGAUUCAAAUUCAAAUGACACUGAUUCUAAAAACUCUGAAGAUGAAGAUGAAGAAUGUCUCAAAAUAAUUGAAAUUGAUUUAAAUGAAAGCAUAAUGAAUAACGCUGUUGUAUGUCAUCAACGAUGCGUUUCUUACAGUUUAAUCUUAUCGCUUUCACUGACGCUGCAGAAACAUUUAAGGAGAAAAAAGGUAAUAAAACUAUCCGAAUUUAUCAAUCUGCAUUAGAGGAAUGCAAA